AUGGACCCAGCCGGCCAGCGUCGUGUCCCGCUCCGCCUGGCCGUGCUGCAAGCCGACACGCCGCUGCCGGGCAUCGACGCGCGCUACGGCGGCGGCUACCUGGGCGUGUUCCGGCACCUGUUCGCGCGGGCGGUGGCGCCGGCGCCGCUGGAUUCGGUGCUGUCGCUGACGGGCUACGACGUGGUCGGCGACCCAGACUCGUACCCGUCGCUAGAGGACGGCGUUGACGCCGUGCUGAUCACGGGGUCCAAGCACUCGGCCUUUGGGGACGACGCGUGGAUCAAGGCGCUGGUCGAGUUCACGCGCAAGGCGCUGCUCACGACUUCCCCUCCUGAGGGCGAGAAAGGCGCCACCACCAAGAAGGGCGUGCGCGUUGUUGGUGUCUGCUUCGGCCACCAGAUCGUCGCCCGCGCGCUGGGCACCAUGGUCGCCCGCAGCGACCGGGGCUGGGAGGUGAGCGUGACCGAGACGAGGCUGACGGAGAAGGGCAAGGAGCUGUUUGGCAAGGACACGCUUCAGAUGCACCGCGACCAAGCAUUCGGGCUGCCCGCCGGCGCCGAGCUGCUGGCCGAGUCGGACAAGUGCGCGAACCACGGGUUCGUGAUGCCUGGGCGAGCCAUCACGGUGCAGGGCCACCCCGAGUUCACCGAGGACAUGAUCCGCGAGAUCCUCGAGGCGCGGCACGCCACGGGCCUGUUCUCGGACGAGCUGUUCCAGAGCGGCAUGGAUCGGAAAGGGAACGAGCAGGACGGCGUCUUGAUGGCUCGUGUGUUUCUAAAGUUCAUCCAGCAGCAGGAAUGA